CUGGGAAUGAUGUAAUAAUAGGGACGGCGUGGCGCAGUGGGAGAGUGGCCGUGCGCAACUCGAGGGUCCCUGGUUCAAUCCCCACCUAGUACUAACCUCGUCACGUCCAUUGUGUCCUGAGCAAGACACUUCACCCUUGCUCCUGAUGGGUGCUGGUUAGCACCUUGCAUGGCAGCUCCCUCCAUCAGUGUGUGAAUGGGUAAAUGUGGAAGUAGUGUCAAAGAGUACCUUGAAAGUAGAAAAGCGCGAUACAAGUACAACCCAUUUAUAGAGGUUGUCGUCUGAAAACACACAUGUCGUCUGAAAACACACAUGAGCAGACACACUGGAGAAAAACCUUUUAUCCGUUCAAUAUGUGGUAAUGGUUUUACACAAAAUUGGAGUUUGAAAGUGCACAUGAGAAUACACAGUGGUAAAAAACAUUUUGUCUGUUCAACCUGUGUCAAAGGUUUUGUAGAAAGUCACAAUUUGAAAAUACACAUGAGAACACACACUGGUAAAAAACCUUUUUCCUGUUCAACCUGUGGUAAAGGUUUUACAGAAAGUCAAAAUUUGAAAAGACACAUGAGAACGGACACUGGUGAAAAACCUUUUACCUGCUCAACCUGUGGUAAAGGUUUUACAGAAAGUCAAAAUUUGAAAAGACACAUGAGAACACACACUGGUGAAAAACCUUUUUCUUGCUCAGAAUGUGGUAAAGAUUUUGUACAAAGUCCCCUUUUAAAAGCACACAUGAGAACACACACUGGUGAAAAACCUUUUGUCUGUUCAAUCUGUGGUAAAGGUUUUACAGAAAGUCGAUGGUUAAAAGUGCACAUGAGAACACACACUGGUGAAAAACCGUUUUCCUGUUCAGUCUGUGGUAAAGGUUUUACACAAAGUCAUCAUUUAAAACUGCACGACAGAACACACACUGGUGAAAAACCUUUUUCCUGUUCAAUCUGUGAUAAAGGUUUUACAGAAAACUGGUGUUUGAAAGUACACAAGAGAACACACACUGGUGAAAAUUCACAUUCCUGUUCAAUCUGUAACAGAAGCUUUUGUCAACAAUCAACCCUUGAAGCACACAUGAGAAGACACCCAGGAGAGAAAGUGUUGAGUUGCAGUGUGUGUGGUGAAAGAUUGUCUUCUAAGUACCAGUGUAAGAAACACAAGUGUGCUGGUGAGAACAGCAGCAGCAAAUGAAACUGCAGGAUUUGAAAUAAACUGUCCAGACUUUCAUUUUGACUUUCUAACAACAUCAGCACAUAUAACAUGUGUGACAUUGUUGUUUUUCCAACAAUCUUUUUAAAAUGCUUCCACAUUUAUAGAUUAGAUAUUUUAUAUUAAUCCUUUUUUCAGUCAAGCACAUGCAUUAAUAUGCAACAUUGUGUACUUUUAUUAAAAAAUGGACAGAACAA